AUGUAAGUAUUACGAACUGCUGAUUUUUUUGGAGUCCCCUUUAUUCAACAAAUUGAUCCAAAGUAAUCUAUAUAUAAAAGUGCAAUUGGAGGAUUAAUUACUUUACUUAUAUGUUCAGCCAGCUUGGCAUAUGCUAUUUGGGUGCUAUACUAAUGGUAAACCAAUUAACUAAGCCCAAAGAUAUCCAACUCAAUGCAUGUAUCUGAUUUUUCUUUGCUGGAUUUAAAUUAUGAUGUUAUCAAAUUGUACUAUUGGAAAAUCAAUGAAAAUUAUAUCGAUCCCUUUGAAUCCAAAAUACUAUUACCAUUAGUUAUGUAUACAACAAAUUUUAGCUUUACUGAGCUUUAAGUUAUAAAUAUGUCGAAUGAAACAACGGUUGAUGGGUCAAGUAAAUAUCUCAUACCUAAAAUGAAUUUGGCAUUUUAGACUAUAAAUGGAGAGAUAUAUACAACAUCAGAAAUGUAUAUUUAAAUAGUUUUAUGUUCUGAGAAAUAUCUUUAGCCAAAUGAAAAAUGCGCCUCUUAAGAAUUAGUUGAUGAAUUUUUUAAGUAGGCUUUAAAUACUGUAGUGAUGUAAGUUCACUAUAAAACUUUAGAUUCAAAGGAUGGAUCCGAAUAGACAAGUUUAUAAGAGUUUUAUGCAUAGAUUGAAAUGAAAUACUGUUACACUUUAAGCACUUUUUUAUCAAGUAAUUUAUACGAAGUUCAAGAUGCUUUUUUAUUUGGGAAUCCUAAGUAAGUUGAAUAUAUUGUAGGAUCUUCGAUACAAUCUUAAACUAAUACGAUAGAAUAUUGUAGACAAACUUAUGGUGAUGAAGUUUUAACAUUAUUUUAUAUAUUGAUGAAAGGAAGUUAAACAAAAACAAUUUUUCAAUAUCCCACUGCUGGUGAUCUAUUAGCUAAUAUAGGAUCUAUUGUAUCAGUUCUUUUCAUGAUAAAACAUGCAAUUAUUUUAAUUAAUGGGUAUUAACUUAAACAAAAAAUACUAAAAGAAGUGAUAUCAUUUUAUUACCCAGAAUUUAAGAAUAUUUCAAUAAUUAAAAAUUGGAAAUAGAAAAUAACAAAGAUUACUUUGAAAGAAAAAGAGUUAGAUAUAAAAGAAUACAAACGGUUUUAUAAAAAAAUAAGGAAUUAGAUGGAAGUCAAAUUAAGUUAUUUAAAUAUGUUAUAUGAAAUAUCAAGAAUGUAUUUCAUUAUUCGAUCAUCUAAUUUGAAGAUCAGAUCUAAAGAAAUCUCAUUCAGUAGGGAUAAAACUGUUAUUACCAUAAGUCAACGAAAAUUAUUUUGA